AUGAAACACUGUUUAGAGCCUAGUAUAACACACCAGAACCGCACCCCCUUCAUGAAAACGCGUUGGGUUUUAUGUGCGCUAGCCGUUGGCGUUCUAGGACUAGGGCAGGCAAAGGCAUACCAAGACGAUGCUAAGAUUUUCGUGACUACGAUCUCUCCGUACCAUUCCAGCGACCCCAAAGUCUUCGUUUCUCCAAAGACCGGCAAGUUAGAGACUUCUACUAAGUUUCCCAUUCAAAUGCCCCAAUCAAGCAUUAUUGAUCUGGAAGAAAUGGCUUUUGUGGUGACCAUGCGCACUGCCAAGUCUUCUAACUCAGAGCAAGGCGAUGAGCAGGUCUACAUUCUUGAAAGCUAUGGAGGCCAAACCCUAUCCGCUGACAUUAAGGCAAACAGAAUCUUCAUGGCCCCUAAGAAGAGCGGUGCCCCCCAAAGGUGGCAUCUUACGUUUAUCUCAAGUAAAAAUGCGGUUCAGAUGCGCCCUAUUGCCCGCCACUCCCAUCAUAUGUGUGCUUCUAUGCUCAAACUAGCCUUGUCUAACAACGCACUCGGGCUUGCAGACCCUAGUGACACUAAACUUGUUCUUGAGCCCUGUAAUGAUGAAGACUCUCGCCAACUGUUUAGGUUUGUAGAUAUAACAAAACCUAAGACAGAGAAUCCUCACGGCACAAUUGGCGCUAACUCAGCUGGACCCAACGGCGCAGCCGGAGGCAUUGGGACCUUGAAAGAGGUUAUGAAGGUGGUGCUUGAUAUCCUACAGCAUAUUGAUGAGGGCGUUUUGAACCUACAGGGAUCCUCACGACCUUAUCCUAAUGCCGGCGGCCCGAAUAAUAUUAUAGGCGGUGGGGUUGGCAUUCCAGGUGGUAUAACUAGCGGUAUGCCGGGAAGCUUCCCUGGUGGUAUGCCUGGUAGUAUGCCGGGCAGCUUCCCUGGUAGUAUGCCUGGUGGUAUAACGAGUAGUAUGCCGGGAAGUUUCCCUGGUAGUAUGCCAGGCGGCGGUGCUGGCCUAUCGGGCAAUGUUUCGAAUGGCAUGAAUGGGGGCGGUGGCUGGUCUGGGGGAAUGUCUGGUGGUAUGCCCUGCGGCGGUUCAUCGUGCGGAGUACCUCCUGUUGGCUCUGUUCCUGUUGGCUCUGCUCCUGGAGGCUUUGGAGGCCCUGGCUAUUUGCCCGCCCCAAACUUUAGUUCAUCUAGCAUGUCUUCUUCUAACCCGGUUUUGCCAUAUAGCUAUAGAGCAAGAUCUAACAACAGACCACCUAUGAGCUCCGGGCUGCCUUACUCUUCUCCAAGUUCCAUGCCCUACACAAGCCCCAUGCCGCCUAAUGGCCCGCCGCCGUCUCAGUAUGGCCCGGGGCCUAUGCCACCUAACCCAAACAGCAUGCCUCCUCAAUUUGGCUCCAGUAUGCCACCUAACCCAACAGGCAUGCCGUCUCAGUACGGUCCAGGACCUAUGCCGCCUAGCCCGAACAGCAUGCCUCCUCAAUUUGGUCCCAGCAUGCCCCCAGGCGCGCCGCCAAUGAACUAUCCCAAUGCACCUCCCGGCCCAAGCAGUAUGCCGCCUCAGUUUAACUCAGGCCCAUCACCCACCGCCAAUGGGAUGCCGAUAGCUAACUACCCCAAUACAUCUUCAGGUCCGAGUAACAUGCCCCCGCAAUUCCAUUCAGGCCCGCCGCCCAACUCCAGCGGGAUGCCCCCAAGGACCUAUUCUGGCACGUCCUUCCCGUCGCAUCUUGUCUCACCCAUAAGAACAAUGGCGAGAUCAACUUCCAAAGAGUAG